UGGUGGAAGUGUUCUUGGUGGAGAGAGGAAGCUCGCCUGCCCGGAGCCGAGAUGGCGGUGUGCAUUGCGGUGAUCACCAAGGAGAACUACCCAUUCUACAUCAAGGGCCUCCCCAUCGAGAACGCGCUGAAAUUCCACUACAUAGUGCACACCUCGCUGGACGUGGUGGACGAGAAGGUCUCGGCGCUGGGGAAGGCGCUGGUGGACGAGCAGGACCUCUAUCUUGGCCUCCUCUACCCCACCGAGGACUACAAGGUCUAUGGCUACGUGACCAAUUCCAAACUCAAGUUUGUGCUGGUGGUGGAUUCUUCCAAUACAGCACUUCGAGACAAUGAAAUCCGCAGAAUGUUCAGGACAUUGCGUAAUUCUUAUACAGAUGUCAUGUGUAACUCCUUUUACAAUCCUGGAGACCAAAUUCAAUCCAGGGUCUUUGAUAACACAGUGAUGUCCAUGAUGGUUUCCAGUUGCUGAAAGUCCUGCCUCUUCUACCAGCUCCUUAGACUGAAAAAAACCUACACCCUGCACUGUUUCAUGUUCUUCUGUCCUUAAACAACUUUACUCAAAAAAAAGGAAGUGUUUUUGUUGGUUCCUUGAUUAGAUUGUUGUUAAUUAUUUGAUUCUCUGAGUUGGUACUUCCUUGAAUGGGGCAUUGUUUACUGCUUGGCUGUUGGUCCAGUAUCAAUCUUGGUGUUAACUGAUGCUUAUCUGGGUGUUGAUUGCUGGUGAGGAGCUGUUUUGGACUUUUUGCCUAGCACUGAUGAUAACUACAUAUACAAGAUGUUAAUACAUUUUAGAGAAAGUCUAACAGAUGCACCCAAUGCCCCUUUGAAAUACUUCACUCACGUGGUUACAGCGACAAGAAUUGUAUUCGCUCAAAAUUGGAAAGCUACGGCUAUACCUAGUGAGGAAAAUUUAA